AUGUUCAUUGAUACUACAACCUGCCCUGGAUUCACCAUCCGUGUCCUCAACAAGUCAUUCAUUGCUGAGAAGCCAAGCCAUCGUGAUGAUAUCAUUUCUAUGGUUGCCACAAGCUUUGCCGAAGGAGAGCCCUUUUGCAAGUUUCUAGGUAUUACUGCAGAUUUGCUCAAGGAGCACUUGGUGGAAGCACUGGUGGACAAGUGCAUUGAAGACGAACUAUCCUUGGUCUGCAUGGAUAACGAAACUGGCCGCAUUGUAGCAGCCAUGCUGAAUGAAGACUUUUAUGAUACAAUGAACCCUGAUGAAGAAGCUAGUGAGGAUCUUGCAAGAGACCUUCCUGAAGCCAUUCCAAUUUUUGCCCUUCUGGAGCUCUUGGACACUCAACUAGUAGGGGAAAAAUUUGGCAGUGCUGCUGGAGUCAAGCAAAAUGAGGUUCUUCAUGCCUUCAUGGGAGCCACUUCCAAGCAGUAUUCUGGCAGAGGACUUGCCAGCCGUCUUCGCAAACUGACUGCAGACUAUGCUCGAGAGAAGGGUUUUGCCUCUGUGGUUGUGGAGCCAACCAAUCCAGCAACCCAGCACAUUUGGACCAACAAAUUGGGUGGCACCGUGGAGUACGACGUAGCGGCCAAGGAUUUCAUGAUGCUCGAUGGGAGCAAGCCAUUUGCCAAUGACACUCAUUCUAUGGAACGGCAAUGCACCAUUGUCAUGUUGACUUUGUAA